UCGGUCUCCGCCUGCCCGGGGAUGACCACUCGCACGGGCCCCGGGGUUGCGGUCGCUGGUGUGGCCGCGGUGGCACUUCUGUCGGCCGCGGUGGCGCUGUACGGGCCUCUGGACGCAGUUUUACAAAGAACCUUUUCACUGCAUAAAGCACACUCGAUAAAGGACAUGGACAAUACCUUUCAGCUGGUGAGAAACAUUAUCCCUGCUCUCACUGCCAAGAAGCACAAAGGGCAAGACGGAAGGAUAGGCGUAGUGGGAGGCUGCCAAGAGUAUACAGGAGCCCCAUAUUUUGCAGCAAUCUCAGCUCUCAAAGUGGGCGCAGAUUUGGCUCAUGUUUUCUGUGCCAAGGAGGCGGCGCCUGUGAUUAAGUCCUACAGCCCGGAGCUGAUCGUCCACCCAGUCCUUGACAGUCCCAAUGCUGUUCUUGAGGUGGAAAAGUGGCUGCCCCGGUUGCAUGCCCUUGUCGUGGGGCCUGGCCUAGGUAGAGAUGGCCCCAUCCUCGACAGUGUCAAGGGUAUUUUGGAAUCAUCCAAGGCCAGAGACAUCCCUGUCGUUGUUGAUGCGGAUGGCCUGUGGCUGGUAGCUCAGCAGCCAGCUCUCGUGCAUGGGUACCAGAAGGCUGUCCUCACUCCCAACCACAUGGAGUUCAGCAGGCUCUAUGAAGCUGUGCUCAGAGGUCCUGUGGACAGCAGUGACCCCCGUGGAUCUGUACUGAGACUCAGCCAGGCCCUGGGGAAUGUGACAGUGGUCCAAAAAGGAGAGCAUGACCUGAUCUCUGAUGGCCAGCAGGUGCUCACGUGCAGCCACGAAGGCAGCAGCCGCAGGUGUGGCGGACAAGGAGACCUCCUGUCGGGUUCCCUAGGUGUCAUGGUGCACUGGGCGCUCCUCGCUGGGCCCGAGAAGACAAAUGGCUCUAGCCCACUGCUGCUGGCUGCCCUGGGCGCCUGCUCCCUCACAAGGCAGUGCAACCACCAGGCCUUCCAGAAGCAUGGCCGCUCUACCACCACCACCGACAUGAUUGCAGAGGUCGGAGCCGCUUUCAGCACACUCUUCGAGACCUGAGCAGCACAGCUGGAAGAAAAGUGGCACCAUGGACUGGGGAGUGCACCUGAACUGGAGACCUCACAUCUGCGUGCCAAGCCCUCAGUGCCCAAACAGCCGGUUGCCUGGGAGGGUUUUGCCUCAGUGUAAAUUGGUUGAGUAGAGAACUUGGGAAUUUGGGUCAUAGCAUUUUCUGUCUGGACUGAACAUGUAGUUGGGAAUGUUAUGACACUGAGCAGAGUCUUCCUGCAGUUUUCUGAGGCUUCUCAGCAGGUGCUGAGGAGAAAAAAGAGGGAGGCCUGUGGGCCACCAGCUGGGCUUCUGGGCUGCUGAGAGUGGCACUCACCGGCCCCCAGCCAGGCGCUGAAGAUCUUCUCUCCCCCUGGUGGCUGCUCCUUGUGGAGGACCGACAUUCCUAGAUACCUAUGGGAAGGCCAAGUGUGGUCUUAAUCGAGGCCCACCAAGGAUGCCACCCUCAUUCUUGAUCUCAUUUUUCUUCUCCAGUGCUGAUUGGAUGUUGUUGGUGGUUAACUUUAAUUAAAGUGUUUCAGAAUUAUCAGUGA